UUCAUAUUCUCAUUCAUCGCUUCUCUCAAAAAACAAAUAUCUCUCAAAAAUCAAAAAAGAUGUCGACGAAGAAGAUCGUGUUGAAGAGCUCCGACGGAGAGUCUUUCGAGGUUGACGAGGCCGUGGCUCGCGAGUCUCAGACCUUAGCUCACAUGGUCGAGGACGACUGCAUCGAGAACGGUAUCCCUCUCCCCAACGUCACGAGCAAGAUCCUCGCCAAGGUGAUCGAGUACUGCAAGAAGCACGUCGACGCCGCUGCUGCCAAGACCGAGGCCGUCGACGGCGGUGCUUCCUCCGACGAUGACCUCAAGGCGUGGGACGUUGAGUUCAUGAAGAUCGAUCAAGCUACCCUCUUCGAACUCAUCCUGGCUGCUAAUUAUCUGAACAUCAAGAACCUUUUGGACCUAACGUGCCAGACGGUGGCUGAUAUGAUCAAAGGCAAGACUCCAGAAGAGAUUCGCGCGACCUUCAACAUCAAGAACGACUUCACACCCGAGGAGGAAGAGGAGGUGCGCAGGGAGAACCAGUGGGCUUUUGAAUGAAGACAGAGAGUCUUGUUGAAGCAAACCCCACCAAGCUUCUUUCUUUUAUCUUAUUUUCUUUUUUUUUAUUUUCUUAGGAAAAAAAUUAAUGACUUAUGUUGGUCCUACUAGUGCUUUUCUAUUUGCGAUUAAGAACCAAUUUGAAUAAUUUGUGUUUAUAAUCA